AUGGCAUCCUCCAUCGAGCUCAAGAUCCUCUCCUGCAAGGGUAUCAAAUCCUUCAAUUUCUUCCAGAAGCUCUCCGUCUACGCCCUCGUCUCCCUCGGCAGCGGCGAUCGAGACAAGGAUCGCCGACUACAGACCCAAAAGACCCCCGUUAAUCGCGACGGAGGCAACAACCCCGAGUGGAACCACGAGAUGCGGUUCGACCUCGAAGAAAUCGCCGAUUCGGACCCUAAGAGCCUCUUCCUAGAGAUCGAUAUCCUCACCGAUGGAAUCUUCGGCGACAAGCUCGUCGGAGAAGUUCUCGUCCCUCUAACGGAUCUCAUCGACGAAUCUAAUGGCGCCCUUCGGUUCGUCAGUUAUCAGGUCCGGAGCGCUGACAGAAAACCUAACGGCAUCUUGAAUUUCUCCUACCAGGUGAAUCUCAAGGGGAAGAUCGCGAGUUAUCCGACGGUCGAGAUCGAUUCGCCCCCGGCCAUUUACUACCUGGCACCUUCGCCUCCGGCCACCGGCUACUUACCUCCACCGGCGCACGUGGCGUAUUUUCCUCCCCCUCCGCCACCGCCGCCACCAGUAUCCCUGCCGUUCGUGUAUCCACACCAGCCGGAUCCGUAUGGAUUCCGGCAGGAGGGGUAUGGUUACCAGCCGUACGGGUAUCCGACCGUCGAGCAGCCGGGGCCGUUGGAUGAUGACACGUGGCGAAGGGGAUUGGGAGAUGGAGGGUACGCCGGAUAUUUCAGGUGA